AUGUGUUUGUGUCUGCAGUUUUGGCUCAAAUUUGCUCCAGUGCUGAAUUCGGGAAAGGCCUGGCGGCGGCGGCUGCUGGAGGCGGAGAGGGGGGGUGCAGCAGCAGCAGCAGCAGCAGCAGCAGGGGGAGCAGCAGCAGCAGCAGCAGACUUGCUGCAGGGCCUCAACGCCGAGGAGCAGCAAGCAGCAGAAAACUUGAUAGAAGAGGAAAGGCGAAAAAGAAGUCAUUUGGUGGUCAAGUAUUUGCAAGGACUUCAAACUCGAGAAAAAGAAGAAAAGAAAUUUCGUGCUGCUUUGAGGGCGCAGCUGGAGGAACUCAGAGAUGAGCUUUUUGCUGCAAGUGAAGCCGUUGCUGCUGCCACCAGCAGGCGAGCUGCUGCUGCUGCUGCUGCUGCUCAUUGUUCAAAAUGGCUGCUGCGGGACACAAUAGACCGCGCCAAGACUGCUGUCAGCAGCAUGCAGAGUUUUGUCUGCUGCGCGCUGGAGCUGCCUGGAGCUGCAGCAGCAGCAACAGGAGAUGUGCCUCCCUAUACAGCAGCACAGAAGCAGCUCAAACUUGUUAAGGCCAUGCUGCAGCACGGAGCCGAUAACAAA